CAUACCUAUUAGAGCUUCGGUUGAUGUGUGGCAUUAAAAGCCAUGUGAUGUUCAGUCCUUGGAAUCGAACACAGACAAUGUAGCUGCUCUGUGAGGCUUCAAGUAAGAAAACUUUGCACUGAAAUUCUUCAGAUUAUUUUGCAGGUGGUACCUGAACUUUGCUAAAUUUCUCUGUGAAAUUCUUCAAACGCAUGGGGAGAAAUACAUUUAAAAUAUUACAAAAGUAAAAGCUAUUUCUUUCUAGUUAGAAUUACUUUAUGUAAUCGGUGUUAAUUUGAACAGUCUCAGGUGGUCAGUGGCAUUUUAAGACUCCUUCCUCCCAGCAUACCUCUUUGGAAGACCAUCCUAAGACAGCUUUUUAGCUUGUUUGUCUAGGUAGUCUUCAGCAGUAAAUCCUGAUGGCUCUAUUUGCUAAUUCUCUUUUUCUCCUCCUCCCCCACCCCAAUGCCUUUGUCAGAUUUGCUGUAACUAUUGGCUACUGGAAGGACCCUUACAUCCAAUAUUUUGUGAGACAGGCAAAAGAGAGGAAAGCACCUGAAAUUAACAGAGGAUACUACGCUCGUGUGCACGGAGUGGGUCAGCUACUUAAAACUUUUUUAAAGGAGACAGAAUGCAACUGUCAAAUCAUAAAUCUUGGUGCCGGUAUGGAUACCAUGUUCUGGAGAUUAAAGGAUGAAAAUCUUCUCCCUAAAAAAUAUUUUGAAGUGGAUUUUCCGAUGAUAGUUGCAAGAAAAAUAUAUACCAUCAAAUCAAAACCUCCCUUGUCAAAACCAAUUAUGGAGUCCCAUUCUGGGGAGUCUUUUCUAAUAGAUGCUCACAGCCUCGAUUCCAACCGAUAUUCUAUACUUGCAGCAGAUCUUCGAGACACAGCAGAGCUAGAGAAAAAACUGAAGACAUUUAACAUGGACACACAAUUGCCUACGCUCCUGAUCGCAGAGUGUGUGCUGGUUUAUAUGACCCCUCCGCAGUCUGCAAGUCUUCUGAAGUGGGCAGCAAACACUUUCCAGGCUGCGAUGUUUAUUAACUAUGAGCAGGUGAACAUGGCUGAUCGAUUCGGGCAGAUCAUGAUUGAGAACUUGCAGAGAAGGCAGUGCAGCCUGGCUGGAGUGGAAGCUUGCAAAUCCUUAGACUCUCAGCGGGAGCGGUUGCUGUUAAAUGGCUGGGAAACUGCCAAUGCCUUCGAUAUGAUGAAAGUCUACAGCUGCUUGCCCCAGGCUGAUGUCAGAAGAAUAGAGGGACUCGAAUUCCUCGACGAAAAGGAACUCCUUGAGCAACUCAUGCAACAUUACUGCAUCUGCUGGGCUACGAAAGAUCGCUGUAACCUGGGUCUUUCAAGCAUCACGUUUUAAAGUGUUCGAUUCAAAGAUGCCGUGGGGACAGCCACCAAAAUUGCCACCUCCCGCUGGAGGGGGAGCUCACCCAACGGAUGGGACUCUGCAUGCGAGGGCUUCUCGUGGCGAUGCCGGUGAAAAGCGAGUGACCAGUGCAGUGUUGCUGAUGCUGUCCCUUUCCUGUUGGCUUGUGAUUCGUUUCCUAAACCUCUGCUGCCUCUGAGCAAUCGUUCCGCCGUGAGGCUCCUUUCCCUUUUCAGGGACUUGGUGUGUGACUGUUCUGGAUGUCAAGAACUCCUGUUUGAAACACCCACUCCCUUUGUUUAAAGGGGAGAACGCUGUGUCCUUGAUCGUUUUACUCAUCCCCUGUGUCUCGCCGGGUGUCUGUGAAGUGCGUUUGUGACGGAAAGAUGUGUAAGCUGUGCAGUGGGCUGCGUCAGUGGAUCUUGCGUUGCAUUCACAGCUGAUCAUGGAAGAGGUUUUUUUCUUCUCGGAAGGUUUAUUUAUUUUUGUGGACAGGCACCCUCCGGGCCUUCUGCAGGUUCAGACGGCAGCUAAGUGGCUGCCAUUUCACUUGGUUUCUCACUGACUUUUGCUCAGCUGAGUCCAGGAAGCCUGGCUGUG